AUGUUUGAGUACAACUAUAAGUUUGGAGAGACAGUCGACGUACAAAAAGAAUUUGGGGUCACCAAAAUAUCAGACAAUAAAUAUGUUGGUGUCAAACCUUUGAUCAAACCCUCACCCCAGUCAAGAGGUGCUUUUGGUGGUAAUUUAGCAGGCCAGGCAUUAUUAGUUGCCAUUAGAUCUUGUCCUGAAGGCUUUUCGCCUCACUCAUUACAUUCGUAUUUUAUCCGUGCUGCUAGUGUGGAGAUUCCAGUUGAAUGGGAAGUUGAAAUAAUUUCGAAUGGGAAAUCAUUUAGCAACAGAGCUGUUAAGGGGAUCCAGGAAGGCGUUGUGGUGUAUAUGGCAAAUAUAUCUUUGACAAAAAAGAAUUCCUAUAAAGAAGCUUUACAGAAGCACGAAGAAUAUUAUGCAAAAAUACAACAAAGGGGAAAAGAUGGAGACGUCGAAGAAGAUAUAGACGAGGAUGACGAGGAACCUGGUCCACCAAAACCAUUUGGCUUCCAAACCCCACCAAGCAAUCUGCUUAAGAAAUACGACAUAGAUCAGUUGCCAGUUUCAGCUAUGGAAUCAACUUUGUUGUUAUAUUACAAGUUCCCUCCUGAAUUUGUCAAAUUGUCGGAAUCCUUGCAAGAGAACAGUUUACCUACAGCAGAGCGCAGAUUGACGGCGUUGGCUAAAUGGGGAAUUGAAAACGAACAGGGCUAUAAUCAACCUUUGACCAAUCUUAAUAAAGAUUUUCAAUUUGUGGGAUUGGCUAAUGUAACUGAUGGGUUGUAUUUAGGCACAUUACUUAGACUUUUAAGGGUUAAAGAUGUUGACCCAAAAAUCCAUUCAAAUGAUUAUUCAGGGAUUUCAUUAGAUCAUGUGAUAUACUUCCAUGAUGAUGACUUUGAUGUCACAAAAUGGAUGGAGUUCAGUUACAAAUGUACCAGAUAUGCUAACGACAAAGUGGAUUUUGAAGGAGAAAUCUACAACAACAAGGGUGUCCAAGUGGCAUCAUUUUUCCAACAAGGUUUGGUGAGAUUUGAGAAUGGAGAAUUCUUAGAGAAAGCAAAAUUGUAA